ACCAACCCUAAGCCACUCCUAAGCCACUCCACCCAAUUGGAUCCAAUACAACGAAGUUGAAGGGUAUUGCUGCAAAAUACAAAAUUACGAACGGUGACUUCGACCAGAGGGGUUUAAGCUAGGGUUUUUGCUUUCAUAUCCGCCAUUGGUGCUUCCUUCUCUCGCCGUAUUCUCUUGGUUCUUCGUCGCUACGGUAGCAUUCUUCAGUUGAAGCCACAGCCGCCACAGCGUUUAACACGGUUAGCUCAGGCUUGGACAAUAAACUUUUGCAUUUCAAUCAAUUUCUGUAAACUUCUUCAGUUAGGGUUUGUGUUAAUUUUUAUGGUUUAUGGAUUUACACGAGUUCAUGGAUUGAUUGUUCGUGAAAUUCUUCCCGGGAUAUGAUCUAAAAGAUUGACCGUAGCGUUCUGCACUAGAUGCAUCGUGGCGUUUCCAUAUUUGCACAUCGGAUUUUUGCGAGUUCCGAGCUCCGCCGUAAGCCUGAUCCUGAUGAUCCGUCCUCCUUGAUGAAGGAAGAUGGAGUCUCUGUUUGUUCUCGGAUGUGGAUUGAGAAUUUUCGCGAACCGGAUAGGAUUGUUUCCAAUUUGACUACGUAUCUUCGGAGGUUUGAAUUAUGGGUUUUGGCUUACCAGAAAGUUUGUGCAGAUGAGAUGGGCGCCUAUAUGCCUCGAAAUGCGAUUCAAAGGUCAGCACUGGAAGAUUUACUUGCGCUUAGAAAUGCAGUUCUUGACAGUAAGUUCAAAUGGGGAGCAAGAUUGGAGUUCUUCAUAAAAUCACCAAAAGAUAAGACGGAUUAUGAAUCAUUGUCGAAGAGGAAGAUAAAGGCUAUGUUGACAACUACGCAGCCUGCUGCAUUUCAAGAUAAAAUUGUUCAAGAGGUUCUGUUUAUGAUUCUGGAACCAAUAUACGAAGCUCGGUUUUCGCCGAAGUCUUAUGCAUUUAGGCCUGGGAGGAAUGCACAUACAGUGCUACGGGUAAUUAGAAGGCAUUUUGCUGGUUAUUUAUGGUAUUUGAAAGGAGAUUUAAGCACAAUUUUAGAUGGCAUGAAGGUAGGGAUGGUGAUAAAUGCUUUGAUGAGAGAUAUUAGAGAUAAAAAAGUGAUUGAUUUAAUUAAAUCUGCUUUGGUUACACCAGUUAUAACGAGCAAGAUUGAUGAAGGGGAAAAGAAGAAGAAGAAAAAAAGGAAGUACCAGAAGAAGAGAGUAUUAGCCGAGGAUGAACCGAAGCCUGAUCCAUAUUGGUUGGAGACAUUUUUCGGUUUUGCUCCUGAAGAGGCAGUGAAGAAUCCUUCAUGGGGACACUGUGGGAUUCUUAGCCCUCUUCUGGCUAAUAUUUGUUUAGAUGAAUUGGACCGCUGGAUGGAGGGAAGGAUCAAAGAUUUCUAUUCCCCAUCUAAGAGUGAUGUCAUAUGGAAUAGUCCUGAAGGAGAAGCAGAUCAAGGAAACACAUCUUGGCCAGAAUUUGUACCGACAAGUGGUCCGGACAAGACACGGAAGAUGGAUUACAUUCGGUAUGGAGGUCAUAUUCUAAUUGGUAUUCGAGGACCUAGGGCUGAUGCAGCAACAUUAAGAAAGCAAUUGAUUGAAUUUUGUGAUCAGAAGUAUAUGCUCAAGCUUGAUAAUGAGUGCCUUCCUGUUGAACACAUUACCAAAGGUAUCAUGUUUCUAGAUCAUGUGCUUUGUCGAAGAGUCGUGUACCCAACACUUCGGUAUACUGCUUCUGGUGGUAAGAUCAUUAGUGAGAAAGGUGUUGGUACUCUCCUUUCCGUCACGGCAAGCUUGAAACAAUGUAUUAAACAAUUCAGGAAGCUGAACUUUCUAAAGGGUGAUAGAGAUCCUGAUCCACAGCCUUGUUUUAGAAUGUUUCAUGCCACACAAGCUCACACAAAUUCACAAAUGAACAAGUUUUUGUUAACAAUUGUAGAGUGGUACAGAUAUGCAGACAAUAGGAGGAAAGUGGUGAACUUUUGCUCUUACAUCUUAAGAGGUUCGCUUGCAAAGCUUUAUGCAGCAAAAUAUAAACUCCGUUCACGAGCAAAAGUUUACAAGAUUGGUGCUCGAAAUCUCAGUCGUCCUUUGAAGGAAAAGAAAGGGCAAUCGCCCGAGUACCACAAUCUUCUGAGGAUGGGCCUUGCUGAGUCAAUUGAUGGCCUUAAGUUCACUCGGAUGUCUCUUGUUCCUGAGACCGACUACACCCCCUUACCAAACAACUGGAGACCUGAUCACGAAAAGGCCCUUCUUGAAUAUAUAAUGCUUGAAGAUCCUCGGACACUGGAGGAGCAACGUCGAUGCAUAAGGGAACAGGGUCUUGUCUCACCCCAAGAUUAUAUUUCAAUGCUUGUAUGGAAUUACAAGAGGAAUGCAACUAUGGAUCAGACAUCCCUUUUGAACAGUGGCGAUCAUCGAUUAUUGGGUUCGAACCUGGACAGUCAUGAUUCCAAAACCAAAGAAUUGGAAGAGCAUGAUGAAGCAUUUCAAGCGGCUGAAGUAGGAAGUUCUUUUAGUCGGAUAUAUCAUGCUCCAUCUUCAAACUUGAGCUCUCCAGCCAGCUACCGUGGACUCUGAUUCUUUACCACUGUUAGAACAGUCAAAUGAACAAUCCAAGAUGUCGGGUAAAAUUUUAAGUCAAUGAUUUGUACUGCUGCGUUUUGGAUCCUCACCUCCAGAGACUUCAACCGUCUUGGUGAUCAUAUCGGAAAUUAUGGCAUCGUAUUGGCUAUGGGCUAUAUAUUCUCAAUAUUUGGAGGGGGUCUGUUUCCUAUGUGGCAAGGAUCAGUCAUCUUGACAAGGAUCAACUGUGUGCUUGAGAUACUAUGAGGUUAAUUUUGUGAUCUGAUGUACAUGUACAUUGGCCAUUCAAUUUUUUCAAUGAAAAAAUCACAGGGAUUUUAGUUGCAGUUAUAUCUUUUCUGUUGAAAUGAAAGUAGAGGCAAACGGUCUUCUAGUUCUAUCGGGUACGAAUUUUUCAAAUAA